AUGUCUCAGUUGGGGGCAGAUUUUAUGAAAUUUUACCAGAAGUAUCAGGCGGCAACGCUUAUAGGUAUUCAGGACUGGGCGGACCGAAUGAGCUACGUGCACAGUACCAUAAUUUUCAUGCUGUGUACAGCCAUAGUAUCUGCAAAAACCUACAUUCUGCAGCCUCUGGCUUGCCACGUGCCCACUGUCCCAUCGGGCUCUGACUUUGACUCCUACUUCAACUCUUACUGCUGGAUACAUGGCACCACACCGAUUCGCGCCAACGAGACCAUACCUGAGGACGACACCGCGUGGAUUGAACUGGAGAAGGAGCGGAAAAUAACAUACUAUCAGUGGGUGCCCUUCAUUCUGGGUCUUCAAACCAUAAUGUUCUACCUGCCACACGUCGCUUGGCAAAACAUCACGUUUAAUCGUCUUGGAGCAGACCUCACUGCCAUUGUUGUGAAGGCGAUGGACGCUCUCAAGACCUCAUCACCUGUGAAUCGGGAGAAGAUGAUUGCGAAUGUGGCGAAACGACUGGAACUUCUGCUGUUUGCGCACCGUGACAUUCGUCGGGGCAAACGGGCAGCAAUCAAACGCCGACUCCACGCAAUCUGCGGCAUCUUCCUGGUCAGCAAGAGGAUGGGUAUGAUCAUCGGCCUUCUAUUUUGUCCCUAUGAAUCUUCAGGUAAUUACCCCGGCCGAUUCGCGCCACGAGUGGAUAGACUGGAUGGACGAGGCUUUGCUUCUCUCAUAGUCAACUUAAAUAAUAACGAUGAUUUCAAUGCGGCUAUAGGAACCUGGACAGUAUUCUCGUACCUCUGCAUCAAGAUUCUCUACCUUACAAAUGCAAUCGGGCAGCUCUACUUGAUGAAGCACUUCCUCGGUUAUGACGAGGAUAUGGUGGGCUUUGGAUUGACCUUGGCUAACUCCCUGGUGUCGGGGGUGAAAUGGGAGGAGUCCCUCUACUUCCCCCGAGUCGCCUUCUGCAGCAUUACCAUUCGUCAUUUGGGUCAAAAGACUAAUCGCUACAUGGGCAUGUGUGCUCUGGCCAUUAAUAUGCUCAACGAGAAGCUCUACGUCUUCCUCUGGUUCUGGACGCUCGCCGUCGCUAUAACAACUGGUGUGAGCCUCAUUAACUGGUUUCUUCGUCUGGCCAUCAGACGGCGACAGACGAGCGUUAUCCGCAGGUACCUCAAGCUGAAACCUCUGAUGCUAGAACCAGAGAAGAAUGGUGAUAGUAGUUCCACAACACCCUCUGAAGCCCUAGACCCGAGCAGACCGGACACCGUGGAGCGCUUCAUUCGCGAGUUUCUCCGCAUGGAUGGUGUUUUUAUCGUUCAGAUGCUCAACAUGAACGCGGGUGAUGUCAUCACGGGUGAAGUGAUUCGCCUCCUGUGGCACACGUGGGUUACUACGUACGCCGACAAGAAGGAUUUUGGCAACGAUCCUUGGAUUGACCCCUACUUUCCCGAGGACAUGGAUGAAAUAGACAGAAUAAAGAUGGACUUGGCCGACACGAAGGAACAGUUUCAAUGA